AUGUCGCCACUAGCAGAAUGCCACAUCCUGGAGCUGCCCGUGGAAGUCCUUCAACUUAUCGUGGCCGCAUCGCCUGUCCGGCGGGCUUUCGAGCUGCACACUCUGCGUCUUGUCUGCAAGGCUUUUGACGCCGCCGUAUUUGAUGCCUGGGCGGAGAUAUGGAUCAGUCAUCUAUGGUGCUACUUGUUGGAUUCGCAACGGAUGGAGCGACUGCAAGCCAUUACCUCACGGAAACAUCUGUCGUCGAAGAUUCAGACCAUAUCCUUUAGCCUGGAUCCGUGGGAAGAUGAAUCUCGGUCACAAAUACAAAUUGUCCCAACGAUGCUUCAAAGCAUCAAUAUCAGCCGAUGGAAACACGUUUUGAAAAAUGAGCAGGCGGAUUUCCACGAGGCCCAUCGGAAGCACAUGUAUGAUAACUAUCAGCUCCCAGCCUCUGGGGCUCUGGAAGCCAUUUUCGCAAAUCUUACGAGUUCAUGCAAGCUGGAGUUGGACCUKAGAGUGAUUUGCAGCCAGAGCGACCCUACUACAAAAGUAGAACAGGAUCGACACCAGAUAGUAGAUGCUAUCGUUGGCACGCAGUUCCCUGGUCUACGAGAGUUGACGCUGUUCAACACCGAAGUCUCGCCCGACGUGCUGCUCGAAUUUCUCCAGCGAUCGUCAAAUAGUCUUGAGGAACUUACUAUCGACGGGACUUCUCUUGACAGGCACUCAAAAGACGGCGAGGAUGCCAAUGUGUCCUUGGACGAUGGCUAUCUUGCUGCCCUCCUUCAGACGUUGCUCGACCGCACCAAGCUUCAAUACCUGAGACUUGACAAUUUCAUGGUCUCAGGACAAGAUUUCCUCUUCUUCAAAGGAGGCUUUUUCAAAGACGGCGGCAGUAGAGUGGAGAGAGUUGAGCUGGAUGGUGGGAUGGACAUCGCAGCUUUUCUUAGGCUGAACAUCGAGCAUGCUGAUGAGAUCUUUGUGAGAGAAGUAUAG